AUGCGACGCGCCACCCCGCCGCACCUCGUUGUCGCACGUCGCCCUUCAUCGACGCCAUCGUCGUCGUCCCCUCUUCGUCGUCGACCCGACCCCGACCUCGGUCCCCACCGUCGCUGUUCGCCGGAUCGCCUCCUCGUCCUCCUCCCCACCGACUUCGCCGGCGUCGCCACGCCCCGCCCCGCGUCGUCCACCACCAUCCUCUCCGUCGCUGGUGCCACCUCGCCGGACCUCCCCGACUCCUCCUCGAGCCCACUUUGCUCAACUACAGGGCUCGGUGAGCCCCGUCCUCCCCUCCUCCUCUUUCCCCUGCAGGUCACCGCGCCCAUCGUCCUUCCUAUAGCCAUGCUCGUCGUGCCCCGUGCGCGCACGCCCGCGCCCGCGCAUGCCCUCGCCGUGGCCACGUGCACCGCGCCCUUGCCACAGCCGACCGUGUCCACCGCCGAUGAGCCCCCCUCGCUCGCGCCCCGUGUGCUCCUGCCAUGGCCGCGCCUUGGCCGCCCCCUGCGGUCGCUCUCCCUUCGCCGUGCAGCCCUGCUGCUGCUGCUCCGCUACGGGCGCCGCUCGCCGCGCGUCCGCGCCGUUCGGCCACCACAUCGCCGUGCCGCCGCUGCGUCGCCACGGCUCCGAAGCUCAUCCCCUGCUGCCGGCCCAAGCAUGUGGCCUCGCCCUGCCACUACUCCCUCUCCCCUGCAGCUGCGGCCGCUCGUCGCGGUGGCCGUUGGCGCCCCGCUGCCGCCCUGUUAG